AUGUCUUCAAGCCCGUCCGCCCAUUUGAGCCUCAGCGCAACGAGACCCCUGAAAUCACGACUUGGAUGCAAAACCUGCAAGACACGGAAAGUCAAAUGUGGGGAAGAGAAGCCACACUGCCUUCGGUGCAGCAGCACAGGUCGAAAGUGCGAAUAUGAAAGCCACAAAUACCGCGCCCGAUUCUCCACUACUUCGGCUUCGGAUAUAUGGAGCAUCGGCAUCCUCGAUACGCCUCUUUCAUCAUCGCCGAAUACAGUCUGGCGUGAGCGUCGUGCUUUUGCUUUCUAUUUUCAAUCAGCCGCUGCCUCCAUUGGUGGAGCGCUGGAUCUGGAUUUUUGGCGGACGAUUGUUCCCCAGGUUUGUCGGAGUGAACCCGCGGUUUGGGAUGCUAUGAUUUGCAUCAGUGCACUGUUCGAAACCCCUGAUCCUUGUCCGAAUCUUAUUCCGUUGCGGCGCACUCCUCAUGCUCUUAAUCGAAAUCAUCAAGAUGCUCUGGACUGGUAUGCACGCUCUGUCUCUGCUGUUCGACGGGGGAUAUCGCGUGGCAGUGUUGAUGCUUUUGUGGGACUGAUCACCUGUAUCUUGUUUAUUUGUAUCGAGUCCCUCUUCGGAAGCUUAGAGGAGGUCAUUCGACUCUACGCUCAAGGUGUGCAGCUCAUUCUCACCUUGCGCGCUCAAAGGGCCUUCGAAAAAUUGGCUAUGUUAAAGGAGACAAUCAUUCCGAUAUUUGCCCGAUUGGCAAUUUUCUCUCCUAGCACCACUUGGCAUCUCGCCAUGCCUUUAUUGAAGGAACUUGAUGAAUACGUAUCACUAUCUACCCAAGGAUUUCCUUCCCUGAAGUCCGCUCGGGAGACGCUUGUUGUGCUCGCCGCAGAGAUUCCAAUCUUGGAGUUGGCCUGCGAAGACUAUUUACAAAGCUCAGGAGCCUGGUAUAUAUCAGACGAAUUGAUGCAACAGCAAGUGGCUCUUCUCACUCGUCUUGAGAGUUGGCAUAUUGCCUUUACGAACUUGAUGAAAUCUCUUCGCUCCAUGAAAGCCGGGUUGCCAGCGUCGCAAGUUAGCGCCAGCGCCCUUCUCGUAACGUACUACGAAAUGUUAUCCGUUAUUCUCGCAGUGUGUGUGUCGCCAAUGCGAGUCACUACGGAUGCCUUUACAAAAAACUUCCAAACUAUUGUCGAACAGUCUUCUAUUGCGUUGGAUCACUCUGUCCAAUCCAACGGCAUCCUUCCACCGUUCACAUUUGAAAUCAGCAUCGGCCUCCCACUUUGGUUCACUUGCCUUCGCUGUCGCGAGCCUACAAUUCGACGUACGGCACUAAAUCUCCUCGCUCGAUCACAUCGCUUUCAGGGACUUGUCAAGCGCGAGCACGGUACUAUCGUGGGUGAAAAGAUCAUGUUACUAGAAGAAGCGAUCGCCAAGUCAAACUUCUCUCCUCCUGCGGCAGAGUACACCACGCCAGUUAAUGAACCGGUCUGCUAUGGAGAUAUGAGCCCGGACAGUCCUUUAAACAUCCCGAUCUUCCAUGUUCCGGCAAGUCCUUCCCCUCCUCUCUCUGAGUUCGACAUGGAUGCCAGAAAAUCGGUUGCACUUGUUCCUCAAGAGGCACGUAUCAGACCUCAUGAUAUAUUUCGACCCCAGGAUGGCCUACCCCCUGGAAUAACGGAGGAAGACAUAGCACAUUGGGGACGAGCUCGAGAUCAGUUCUUUAUGCAAUUUUCAUGGAAUGAGUGUGAUCCGUCCAGAGACACCUGGAAAAUGGUCUUUGGAUGUGUACCGAUUGAUGUAUAUAAUAAACAUGGUGAAAAUGGGUGA